AUGGGUUUCCUCAGUGGAAAGCUCCGGUCGAAACCCGAAAGGAAGCUCUCCGAGCCAACGUAUGAAACUCCAAAAUACGGUGAACAAUCAGUGGCACGCCAUUAUGCUCAGCAUCAACCGAGCAAAUUUGGUCCACACUUCCAGAAGGGGCCAGCGCAAGAGGAGAUAUAUGACCGAAGGGCAAACGGAGAGAGAAUGCUCCCGGGCCACCCAGAUCUCCGUGACCGUGCCCAUUCAUUCCACCAACCGAGGCAGCACCAUGCAUACUCUGACCCCUUUGAGACAAGACCACCAAAAUGGUCAAACCAGAUGGAUGCCGAGUACAAACAGUAUCACAGCUCAGGUGACAACAAGACUCCCCAGAACGUCCAAAAUGAAGCAUACAUGACCACUGCACAUCGCUUGCCAGUUGGGGACAAGCAUCCGUUCAACCCAGCCCAUGGCCCAAUCCUCCAGACCGGAAUUGCGGCUGCUCGAGCAGAGGUGAUGAAGCAAAACCAUGUCGUCCAGGGCCGUGAGGGGUUUGUCCAAAAGUAUCCUCAAUCGUACAAAGACGAAAAGGCACUUGAGACCCACAACACGGAGGUUAAAAACAGGAGGCAAGCAGCAGCGAAUCGACGAGGACAGGAGGAUACGCUGCAGAGAAAAUAUGCCAUUUGGACUCGAAGGCAGAACUAG